GCCAAGGGAGAUGACGAUUCUUGGCCACUGACUUCGAGAAUCAGCCCACUCUUGACUACGAACAGGAAGCGGAAGCUCAAGCUCAAUACCACCGAAGCCCAUGAGCGCAGGCAAAGCCAGGAAGCUCUGAGGGUGGCCCAGGAAGCGAAGGUCAAUGAAGCUUUGGAGCAACACGAGCUGGCCAAAGCUGCUCGUCGUUCAGCCUCGCCUCCACCUGAACGGCAUGCGGGAGCAGGCGCUGACUUGCCAGAAGGUAUGGCUUCCGGAACGCAUGUCAUGGAGAUUUCUUCAACUACUCACCGAAAAGAGUGGGCUACGCUGAGCCGCGUUGCCAAGGGUCCGCGAGCCAGCGAAUUCCCGGAAGUUGCGCGCCUUUUCCAGGGCACAAAAGCGCAGAAGCUUGAAGUACUUAAGGCUUUUGUGGAGCGAGGUAGCCUGGAAGCGAUCGAGGCUAGCUUUCAGGCUACGAGGCAACAUGAUGACAGCUUACAGGUCAAGCGAAAGUUGAUGACGCUUGAUGAAAUGAAUGCCGCUGGCUUCAGUGAGCACUUAGCCUGCAUGGCAAAGGAGAAGAAGCUGGGAUGCAUCCGCAGAGGAGCAGUUCCAGACCCUGAUGCGCCGAAUUGUCAGAAGAGCCAGAGGUUUUGGGUGAAUGUGGGAACUGAGCAAACAACGACAGAAAGGCAAACGCUCACCACGAGCAUGCAAGCGGGGAUCAGAGGGUCAGAUGCUAUGUCUGCAAUGGGCAUGAUGCUCCCGACUCCGACGCUGUCAGUGGCUGACCCAGUGGCCUUGGCGCGCCAGCAGCAGGCGGCAGUGGCUCAGUCCCCA